AUGCUUCAAACCGCAGACUCAUUUAUUAGCGAUCUUUUCAAGGACUAUGCUGAGCAUGGCUUCCUUCCUGAUGGUCCCCCGUUGACGAGACUGCCAAAUCCGUACUACGAAGCCUGGGAGAGCAUAGCCAGCGAACUUCCAACUCUCAUUCAAACAAGGCAAAUCAGACAGAAGAUCGAUGAGCUUCCGGUGUGUUCAACAGAGCAUCUUGCGACAGAAGCAGAAUGGCGUCGAGCAUAUGUGAUCAUGGGCUACUUCACCCACGGCUACGUAUGGGGUGGUGACAAACCGCAAGAUCAUCUUCCUCCCUCGAUUGCAAAGCCAUACCUGGAGAUAGCCGCCCAUCUCGAGCUACCUGCCUGCGCUACCUAUGCCGGCCUCACUCUCUGGAAUUACAAACUCACGCACCCAGAAGCAGACAUUACCGACCCCGAAAAUCUCCAGGUCCAAACAUCGUUCACUGGCACGAGGGACGAAGAAUGGUUCAUGGUGAUCUCGGUGGCGGUUGAGGCUCAGGGAAGCAAAUUGAUUUCAUUGAUGCGAGACGCCAUGAAAGCUGUUGCUGCCAACGACACAGAGCUUCUCACAGCCCUGCUGUACUCGUUCGCCGAUGGCUUGAACAACCUCGCUAUCGUCCUGCGGAAAAUGUACACCCACAAUGAUCCUGCUGUCUUCUACCACCAACUCCGGCCUUUCCUCGCCGGUAGCAAGAACAUGGCACAUGCCGGGUUGCCUCGUGGUGUUUAUUACGAUACCGGUGAUGAUGUUGAACGUCCUGGGAGCUGGAUGCAGUUGAGUGGCGGCAGCAAUGCCCAAAGCUCGUUGAUUCAAACUCUCGAUAUCUUCCUUGGAAUCACACACUCGGCCACGGAUGGGAAGAAAGCAUCCGGGCCCGCUUUCAUUCAUGAGAUGCGCAACUACAUGCCCGGCCCUCACAGACGUUUCCUGGAGAACCUCACCGCCGGAUCGACCGUUCGCGACUUCAUUCUCUCCUCCGGGGAGCAGUCUAGCGAGAGGGAGGCAUAUAAUGCAGCAGUCACUGAGCUGAAGAAUUUCCGUGACACUCAUAUCCAGAUGGUCACUCGGUAUAUUGUAAUGACAUCAAGGAAGACCAUCCCCGCACAGGAAAGUGGCAAGGUCAACCUGGCCACGGCCAGCACGCAGGAAUCCCAGUCUGGGCAGCAGCAUUCACUUUCUGGUACUGGUGGUACAGACUUGAUGCCAUUCUUGAAGCAGACCAGGGACACGGUGAGGGAUGCGAAGUGCUAG